CUGAUACAGUCAUAGAGUUGGUCAGAUGUGGACUGCCCAAUCCAAAUGCAAAUAUAUUUGACUGUUGAUUCUUUGGCAAUUUAUUUAGGGUAAGUAAGAGAUAUUUUGAGAAUUAUUAUUAUUUUUUAUUUAUUUACCGUGCCGUCUAAGCUGAUGAACCCAGCGAGUCAGGGAAACUCAGUGGUCUGUCCUGCAACACAGAAUUGUUUUUAAAAGCUGUAUCUAUUCCCCCCAGAAACGAGGUAAACACGACAAAUACCGGAACACAGGAAGGCAAGGGAUAUACUUGCCACUUCCAACAUUCAAAUUACCAGUGCAACAUGGCUUACUGGUAGCUGUCAAUAAAAAAAAAAAAAAAAAAAAUGCUGGAACUGUCUUUUGUUCAGUACAGAAAAGGCGAUAAGGCACAGCACUCUGAUACACAGCGUCAACUUUUUUACAAGUUUAUCUUGUGGUAGAAAAUUGAACGGAAAUUGCACUGGCUACAGCAAUCUAGGAUGUAUAUCGAAGUCAGCACAAAAACAUGAGGGUUCCCAAAGUCACUUGUGAGUCACUGUAGCACUCAAAAACUUUUGGACAAUCCCGGAAUGAUGUUUAACUGGAUGAGCAGAAGCCUAGGAAUACAAUACAUCACAAUGAGCAAGUAAGAAAAAAUCGUGGUUCUUAAACGCUUGAUUCUAUAGUUUACUUUGGUAAGCAAGAACUGGCAUUCAGAUGCACGGUGAAGGCACCAAUAGAGACUUCCGUUGAAGUUCUGAAUACCUGCCCAGACCUGUGGAUGUAAAAUGUUUAAAAACAUUUGUUACACAGUUUUCCUUAUUGCCUGUGUUUUGUUUUUUUUCCUGUGCACAUUCAUGUACAGCAGGAUACAUGAAACCAAAACAUAUCCUGCCGAACAGACAAAGAGUAGAUUGACUCAUGUGAGUAAAACACAACGUCAGAAAAUUACAUUAACUGAUUUGAAUAAAAAACUAGUUCAGAACGUUACAUUGAUACCUGUGAAACAAAAAGUAACCAGGAAUAAAAUUGUCCAAAAUGCUAAGGCUGUAAGAUCCUGGCUGGUAUGGAAUGAAAACACCUCUACUGAUGAUCUUGGCUCCUCUCUAAAGGCUAUCAAGAACAAUUACCAGGCACUGAACAAAUACAAUGUGACAUUUGUCUGGAAAAAUGUGACUGCAAAGCUGAGCCAGCAUGAGCUCCUGUGCGAGCUCAAAACUCGCGUACCACUUGUGAUGAUCAAAGCUGGUGAUGGCAAAGUCAAAGGAGAGGAUUGGCAGAAAUACUUGCCCACAAAGGACUUGAAUAAGAAGUUUGAAAACCUCAAACGGUGUGCUAUUGUGUCUUCAGCAGGAUCUUUAAAAAAUGCAAAACUGGGAGCUGAAAUAGAUGACCAUGAUGCUGUCAUGAGAUUCAAUGGCGCUCCGACGGAUGGGUAUAGCAUUGAUGUGGGGGAAAAAACUACUAUUCGAAUAAUAAAUUCACAGCUUGUGCAUGAUAAAGAGCACAGUUUUCUAACGGAUCCUAUUUAUCAGACUGGAGUGUUAAUCCUGUGGGAUCCUGCACCAUAUAAAGAAGAUCUUCAACAUUGGUACAGUAACCCAGACUAUCCCUUCUUUGCGAGGUAUGUGGAAUACCGUAAGAAUCAUCCUGAGCAGCUCUUUUAUAUCAUUAACCCGAUUAUGCAGUGGAACCUGUGGGACAUUAUUCAGGAGAAUUCACUGGAGGCGAUCCAACGCAACCCCCCUUCCUCCGGGAUGCUAGGCAUCGCAUUAAUGAUGAACCUCUGUGACGAAGUGAAUGUGUACGAAUUCCUGCCUUCGAAGAGAAAGUCUGACAUUUGUCAUUAUUACCAGAAAUUCUAUGACCGAGCCUGCACAAUGGGUGCCUACCAUCCCUUAAUGUAUGAGAAGAACCUGGUUAAGAGGAUGAACCAGGGAACAGAUCAUGACAUCUUCCACUAUGGCAGAGUGACUUUACCAGGAUUCCGGAAUAUUCACUGUUCAGCAAAGGCAAGGCAGAUCUAAACUGGUACAGCAGGGCUUAAUAAUAAUACUCUGUGAUGUGGAAAAUUUUUUGAUGUUAUGGAAAAUCCUCUGCAGAAAAUCUAAUGAACCCCUCCAUACUAAAUGUCUUGGGGAUCAUGACAUUGACCUACAUUUAGGUAAUUUCAGCUGUACUGAGACAGAAUAUUUAGAGGACUCAAAGUUUCAGGUGCUGCAUGAAUAUAAACUGAAAGUUUCAGUGCUGCAUUUUUUUGUUGUUCUUUGUAAUGUAAAUUUAUUGGCAAGAUGUUUUUAAAUAGUUGAUUUGAUGGCACAUCAAGUGACACCUUCAGACUGUUGCUCUCCAUUAUAAUAUUUAUAGUUUGAUACUUUGUGGUGUAAUAAAAGUUCAACAUUGUAAAAAACAAAAAAAAUCUUUAAAAUUGAGCCAUCUGCAGUGGUGUUACUGCCUCUUGCCUCUGUAGUACUUCACGGUAUCCCAUUUACUGACUUAGAAACUCCUGGUCGCCCACUUUCCCGAGUCGAAUUAAAUCAGAUGAGGACUAGUUGAUGUCUUUGUCUCAGUAGACCUCUGGGCGAGUACUUAAUACAGAUGUACACAUAUACUACUCUCACGAUUAGUCUUGCGUUAAAAAAAAUGUAGGGAAAUCAAUGUUCUAAUGGGGUGUAGCAGUGGUGAAUAAGCAUUCGCAAAUAAUGCUUAGAAAACAGUCACUUUACAAAACUGUGUUGAUUUAUACUGGGUUAUGACCCUGUCUGAAGAUGUCAUUAGCAAAGGGGGCUGGUUGUAGUAGCGAGGUCAAACAAUAGGUC